AUGGAUUCUCUUGUUCUCCUUCAGCCUCUCCACAGUCUAACUUCCACCAUCUUCUUUUCACAGCAGCGAAGUUGUGGUUUGAGUCAUUUCACAUCCUCUCUGAAACGUUUACCCUUAAAAAGACUCAAUCUUUCGAAACCCUCUACUCUCACAUUUGCUCUUGCUGAAUCGGAUUCUCCUCAACCUUUAGAAACAAGCCCCAAAUCUCUUCUCCAACAACUCUCUAAGUGUUUCGAUCUUCCAUCAGACUAUUUCCGGCAGCUACCAAGUGAUCUUCGUCUCGAUUUAAAUGAUGCUGCCUUUGAUCUCUCCAAUGGACCCAUCAUCGAUGAGCCUUUGGGAGGCGUCUGGUAUCUGCGGGAAAAAGAUUCAAGGGCAUGGGACAGUAUGGUCAAGGUGAAUUACAGAAGAACUAACGUUGCUGAGAACUCGCAGAUUGCUAAAGCCAUGAUUACAACUGGAGAGGUCCUGUCUGCAAAUACAUCACCUGCCUCAGUCGGUAAUGAAUCCAUGUCAAACACAAGAAUGUUUAAGUUUGGGGAGCUUCAGGUUGCUGUGAGUCCAGAGAAAGCAUACGCCGGAGCUGCCAUUGCAUUUGUGUUUGGGAUUCUUUCAUGGCAAAUCAGUCAGGGAAUCCAAAGCACACCGGAGAACUCAUUGCAGUAUGCAAAUGAGAAUGCAUUGCUACUCGCAAAGUCUCUAAGAGGGUCUCUUCUAGCUAUGUUUUAUGCGUCAGCCGUCUUGUCAGGCUUCACAACAGCUGGACUCCUCCUUCUCGCUAAGCAGCUUUCAUCAGAGAAAGACUCAUAA